AUGAGCACGAAACAGAACCCAUAUAUUUCAGCUACUUCGAAGUCGAAAUUGAGCAACUUUCAAUACGUUCCCAAUAAGAAUGGUGCCACUCCGAAGAAUCGUUCGCCUAAGAAGUCCACUGAAGCCACCGCCAAUGCUGACAAGGAAAACCAAAGAUCAUGGAUGAAUGGUGUGAUGGAACCACCUAAGUCUCCAGGCAAAAGCUUACCGUCGACACAACCAAAAGAGACCAAGCCAUUGAGCGAAUGCCCCAAGACGCCAGCCAACAGAAUUCCACUAGCUGACCUCAUAAGCAACGCGGAAGAUGUUAUGGUUAUGCCCUCGGGUCAAGAAGUAACACCGGACGAUUAUGUUUCGUGGCAGCCAGCCCCACGCAGUUCCGGUACUCGACGAGAUACAAGCAGUCGGGGUAAAAAGAGACGGCACAGCUCAUCUCCUACAAGUUCACCACUCAAAGAUGGUACCUCGAAAAAGCCCAAAGGAUUGUUCGAUAUGAAAAACUUCGAAGGUCUCCUAAAGACUCCUCAGACCGAUGUGGCAACUGAUCUAUGGAACAAGUACAUUGGAAAGAGCAAUCUUGAGGGAACACUGGAAAUACCAGCGAAACUCACGAAUUUACCUUCAUCACCCAAAACACCGGCGUCGCAAAAAACGGGACGAGACUCUUCAGCGUUGCGCAGGUCAGUCAGCUGCAAUGUUGACUGGCCUUCAUCCAAAACAAAGCGAAGGAGAACCGAGGGCGUUGAUGGCGCUCGUACAGCCCGGGACCUCUUCUCUCGGUCAAGAAGCAAUGUCCUUGACUCUGGAAGUUCUACGAAAUUGAGCUUUCUCCUGAAUAAGAUACAAGAUACUCUAGCAAGCACGAAAUCAAAUCCAAAAACAAAUCCGCCCUCAUCACCACCCCCUCUUAAUGAUUACGUACGGGAAGAUCUUUCUCCCUCGCCAUCCAAGAAGCAGCAAUCCAAGCCUUCUAGCAGCCGCCACAUUCCAGAGGUUACUAUGGAAGGAAGGAAUCUUGGGGAUCAACCACAACGUAUUCGCAAGACUCACAAUCUUAAAUCAUCCUCUUCAGACUUUGGAGACGAUGAUCUGGAUGAUGAUCUAUUAGCAUUAGUGGACUCAUCAACGCAACCAGUUAUGGAUUGUGUUCAUGGAGACGAUGAGGUGCUCAACCAAGUUCCUCAGGAAUCCUUGAGUAUACCUCAACGAAAAGAGAUGAACGAAGACCCGAAAGUCCAGCAAUCUCGUUCGCAAGACAAUGAUGACGAUGACGAAUUUGGUGAUGAUAUUGGGUUCGAAGAAGGCAUGGAAGAACUACUCACGCAGUAUGAUAAGCAGAUGCCUAGAAUACAGAAACAAACACUACCGCAAACCACUGGAGGUUCGAGUCAUGUGCAACCGGGGACAGAAGUUCAGCCUGACGCAAAGACGCGAAAUGCCGGCAUUGCCGAUCAAAAUUCGUUUUCGGAUGACGAGUUUGAGGAUAAGGAUCUGGACCUUGAUAAUGUUCUUCAAGAGUUGGAAUAUCAUUCGCAAAAACCUAAAGCUCAACAAGCUAUCAAACGCUAUCUCAUUGUUCAGAUUGUGCAAAGCACGUAUGUGACUCAAAAGGGAUAUAAACAACCGGAACAGGUACUUUCUGUUACGGACGAGAAGACAGGCACUUCAAAAAUCAUCAUCUUACGAGAAUCCUGGUUCGACAGUCCCUGCACGAAGAACUCUUACAUCCAUUUGAUUGGCGAUUACGACCAUAGAGGUCAUUGUAUAGUGGAUAACGCUCACAAUAUGAUCAUCCUUCAUCCAGAUCACCUCAUCUCUGCUACUGUUGUCGCUGACGCCGUCACUUGUCAGAGGCGUGCCGUUUUACAGGACCGAAUCAAGGCAACUUCUGAUAUCAACGCUCCCCAGGUGUAUGGUCACAUUCUUCAUGAAGUAUUUCAGGAAGCUAUGAAAGUCAAUCAAUGGGAUUUGCAAUCGAUGAGGACUUUGGUUGAACGAAUUCUAGUUCAAUAUGUGGAGAGUCUGUACGCUAUCCAUAUCAGUAUUGUCGAAGCCGUUGAACAUGUUAUGAGUAAAGUCCCUGAGUUGCAGGCCUGGGCGGACGUUUUCCUUCGUCCGACGCCAAAUGCCGACUGCAUGGUUGAAGACCGUAACGGAUCCAAAGCAAAUCUCAGUAUUAACAAAUUGCUUGAGGUUGAAGAACACGUCUGGUCGCCAAUGUACGGCCUGAAAGGCAAUGUUGAUGCGACUGUACAAGUUGCGUACAACGAUGGUGGAGAUCAGAAGACAUUGACGAUCCCUCUGGAGAUGAAGACUGGCAAAAAGGACACCAGUCACAGCCACCGAGCUCAGACUUCAUUGUAUACACUUUUGCUAUCCGAUCGUUAUGAUAUUGAAGUCACCUUUGGAUUAUUAUAUUAUCUUGAGAUGAAGAAAAUGUUCCGGAUUAGGGGUGUUCGCCAUGAACUCUUACAGAUGAUCCAAGAACGAAACCGGCUGGCUGGCUUCAUACGAGAAAAGAUGGAUCUACCACCAAUGAUCAAACGACAACAUCUCUGCAACCAGUGUUAUUCAAAGACAGCCUGCUUCGUCUACCAUAAACUAGUCGAUGAUGGAAAUGGCGAGACCAGUGGACUUGGGCAGAAGUUUGACGAAGUCGUUGGCCAUUUGGAUUCGCGCCAUGCAGACUUUUUCCAGAAAUGGGACAGACUUCUAACUCUAGAGGAAAAGGAUAUGAUGAAAUUCAGGCGCGAGUUAUGGACCAUGCUGAGCACAGAGCGCGAGCCUCUAGGUCGUUGCUUCAGCGGAGUCGUCAUUGAGCCUGGGUCCGCGUAUGAAGAUCCCAGUGGUUCGAAGAUCAAUCGCUUCAGGUACACUUUUGUAAAGUCAAAAGCACCCCCUGGCUUUUCUUUUACGGAAUCUCAGAUCACACUGGGUGAGCCGAUUGUCAUAUCAGAUGAGAAGGGACACUUUGCCUUGGCCAAUGGUUACGUUGUUCGUGUCAGUCCAAAGAGAAUAUCGGUGGCUGUUGACCGCAGACUGCACAAUGCGCGGGUCAGGUGUAAAGAGUUCGAUGUAGAGCGAAACCAGAGCUUCAAGGGUAUUAUGGAAGUUGGUCAAAACAGCAGUUCGGGCUUAGUCGAGGAUUCAGAAGAAGAACAAAUGGUAUACCGUCUGGACAAGGAUGAAUUCAGCAACGGCAUGGCCACGAUUCGAAAUAACCUUGUCAGUCUGAUGGAGAACUUUUCCCUGUCUAUUCAACUGAGGAAGCUCAUCCUCGAAGGGAAAACGCCUGAGUUCAAGAUGGAUUCUUCUUCCCUUGAUGCAAUAGUCAGCUCAUCUCAGGCAAAUCUCAACAUCGAUCAAAAGCAAGCAAUCGACAAAGUCAUGAGUGCAAAGGACUAUGCUCUUAUCCUCGGUAUGCCGGGUACUGGUAAAACCACAACCAUUGCUCAUAUCAUACGAGCCUUGGUCUCACAAGGGAAGAGUGUUUUGUUGACAUCUUACACCCACACUGCCGUCGAUAAUAUCCUUCUCAAAAUCAAAAAUGACAACAUCCGAACACUUCGUCUCGGAGCAGUGGCAAAGGUACAUCCUGAAGUACAACAGUUCGUGGACCUGGCAGCUAUCCCCAAGAAGUCUAUCGAAGAAUUGAAAGAAUCCUACGAGCGGUCGGAAAUUGUGGCGACAACUUGCUUGGGCAUCAAUCAUCCAAUCUUUAACGAACGUAUCUUUGACUAUUGUAUCGUUGACGAGGCGUCUCAAAUCACAUUGCCUGUUUGUCUUGGCCCUAUUCGAAUGGCAAAAACUUUUAUUCUCGUGGGUGACCACUAUCAGUUACCACCACUUGUUCAGAGCAAGGCCGCUCAAGAAGGUGGUCUUGACGUGAGCUUAUUCAAGUUUUUGUCUGAUGCUCAACCGUCGUCUGUUACUAAUCUCGAGCACCAAUAUCGCAUGUGUGAGGAGAUUAUGUUGUUGUCCAAUACACUCAUCUAUUCUGGACGACUGAAAUGUGGGAAUGAAGAGGUAGCUUCACGAUCAGUCAAGAUACCGAACUUCCAUGACGGUAUCAAGAAUCACCACGUCACUUCAGUAGCAGAAAUGACUGCAGGACGCUGUCCUGGUCCGACUCAAGCUCGUUGCUGGCUUAAAGAUCUCCUCGAUCCCUCAGCCAAGACCCGACUCGUCAAUACCGAUACAUUAUCUGGCCGUGGCCCAGAGAACCUGGUCGGAUCACGACUCACGAAUACCAGCGAAGCAACACUAUGCGUCCAAAUCGUGCAAGCAUUCAUUUCAUCUGGCAUUUCCCCGCGUGAAAUCGGUGUUAUCACAUUCUACCGCAGUCAAUUAUCCCUCCUUCGCCAAUCCUUACGCCAGUACUCAACCGAACUCGAGAUGCACACAACCGAUAAAUUCCAGGGUCGAGACAAGGAAAUUGUAAUCCUGAGCUGUGUACGCAGCAACAACGAUAAGCAAGUUGGUGACCUAUUACGUGACUGGCACCGAAUUAACGUGGCUUUUACUCGAGCACGGACAAAAUUGUUGGUGAUUGGAAGCAAAUCCACACUUCGGGAUGGCAAUGAGCUACUACAAAAGUAUGUCUCGCUCAUGGAGUCGCGACAAUGGGUUUAUGAUUUGCCCAAAAACGCGCUGCAGGACCAUGUGUUUGAUGCAAGCGAGGGUGACAGUGCGAUAUUUUCACCUACGCAACAGAGACAACACCACAACAUCCAAACUUCACCAUCGAUCAAAAAGUCGAUCAGCAGCAAUGUUCGAUUGACUCCAGAUAAACACCUCAAACGGAAAUACAAUGGUCCUGGAAGUCCAUUGAGUCCCUCAGCGCAACACAAGAUCUUCAAGAGAGAGAGCAAGAUGAGGACACCUGAGAAAAGGGGUAAUAGAGCUACAAUUGCGGAGAAGUUUGUGCAUAAGAGACCUAUUUUGCAUGAUUUGUUGAACGAGUUUAUAGGCUGAUGGUAAGAAGUUGGAAUACGGUUUCGUUUGGGAGAAUGGAUCGUGUGGUUUGGAGAUUGGAAUUACGUUUUGGCCCUGCGGGGAUUUGUAUCAAGUCAUCGAGGAUUAUCAUAUUAGUAGACUUAGCUUACUAUAUUUGUUACAUGCCAAGAUAUGAAUGUGAUGAUAGUGAGGUGAUUCUGAUAUCUU